AUGAAAAAUAGAGCACUGAAACGGGUCCCAAGCAAAGGACUCAGCAACCAGGGCAACACGUGCUUCUUCAACGCAACCAUGCAAUGCGUAAUGGCACUGGACAGGUUCGUGGACUAUUUUCAGACUGGGAAGUUCAGUGAAAGGCAGCCUGUUUCAAGGGCAUUACAGAAUUUCAUGCGUCUCUAUACUGGUGGAGAAUACGGCACCGUUGAUCCCAGCACAUUCAUUCGGGACAUUGGUCGCAAAAUACAGCUCUUCAACGGCCAGCAGCAGGACGCCCAUUGCUUCCUGGACAAUCUCCUAUGCUCCGUAUUUGAGGAGAAUAAGCCAGGAAAGAACAAGAUUGGCGAGUUGGAGAGGCUGUUUACGGUGGAGCAUCGUGCACUGGUUACGUGCAAGACGUGUCUGUUCAAGGUCGAAAGACGAAGCAUCUCGCCAGUCCAGUUUCUAUUCAUCAGUCGCACUGUUCAGGAGUCACUUUCGUCGUACGAGGACGAAGAGGACGUCGUGGACGACAGCAGGGCACUCUGGUCAUGUGAAAAGUGUCAGAGCAAAGUCAUAGCCGGAAUCAGGCACAAAAUAAUCAGCUCGUCCCUGUACGUCGUAAUUCACCUGAAUCGAUUCUCAGACCUACAGAACAAGAACAGGGCUGCAAUAGAAAUCGAAGAGCGAAUCAGUCUGAAUCAGACCAAAUAUAGGCUGAUUGGAGUUGUAUGCCAUUCUGGAUCACUGCAUUUCGGCCACUACUACGCGUAUGCCACGAGGAGUCCAGGCGAAGAAUGCGCCAAAAUGCAGAAAUUCAACGAUACCUUGGUUUCCUCGUCCAGUGGUGUUUCCGAUCCGACUACGCCCUACAUUUUGUUCUACCAGCGCAUUUGA